AUGGACGGCGCCGGCGCCGACGACGACGAGGCCCCCUGCGCCUACUGCUCCGUGCAGCGCGCGCUCCUCCACUGCGCCCAGCACCGCGCGCGCCUCUGCCUGCCCUGCGACCUCCGCGUGCACGCCGCCGCCGCGCCGGCCCACGAGCGCGCCCCGCUCUGCGACGCCUGCCACGCCGCGCCCGCCGCCGCGCUCUGCGGCGACCACCAGGCCUCGCUCUGCGCGCCGUGCGCGCGCGCCGCCGGGUGCGACGCAGGGCGCCACGCCACGCGCCCGGCGCGCGCGUACACCGGGGUCCCGGCCGUCGAGGAGCUCGCGCGCAUCCUAUCCGGUGACACCACCCCUCCGCCGCCGCCGUCGGCGGCGGCGCUCCCAGAGCCAGCGGACACUUCUUGGAUCCCCGACCUAAUCAACAUCGAACUGCUGCCGGACUUGACGAGCACGAGCUCUUGGCGCGAUGGCAGUCUCAUCGAAACCGGAGGCAGCUUUGAAGGUCAGAUCGCCGGAUCAUCAGCAGCCGCCUUGCCGCCGACCGGUGAUGGCGACGAGCUCUUCAUGCAACAAGACUGGCCCAACCUCAGCGAUGCAGGGCUGGACGAUUUCAACUUCUUCAUCGCACAAGAUUCCAACUUGACCAACUCCUUCAAUUCGAUGGGUCACAGAGAAGGCGCUCUCGAGCUACAGGCAUCGCCACCGUUGGGUUAUGAUCACCCGUUAAUCGCAUCAUGUUCAGAACCGAUUAUUGCGUCGACUGAUGCUGUUCUGGAAUCCUUGGCCAGUAACAAUGCAGCUUAUCAUCAACAGCAGUUCAGUUCAGUGCUCACUGCAAGCUCGAGCAACAACAAUGUGGGCUUCUCCUCCGAGCUUCAUCCUCGUGGCAACAUGUUCUACGCCAGCCGCGGCGGCAUGCCCAUGUUGCCACGGCGGGACGAGCUCCCAAGUAGACACUUGGGCUUGGAGGUGAAGCCCUACCAAGAUCAGGAUGCGGUGGCUCUUCAGGCGUCAUCGAUAAUGGCGGAGCAACCAUCGAGCCAAGGCAUGGAAGCGAGGACGAAGCAGCAAGAGAAGAGGCAGGAGGCUAAGCAGAGAUACAAGGACAAGAAGAAGAACAGGAGGUUUGGCAAGCAGAUCAUGUACGUGUCCCGGAAGGUACGAGCAGAUACACGAAACCGAGUGAAAGGCAGGUUUGCAAAGGCGUCCAGCAGCAGUUGGCAUGCUAGCGGCGAUCAACAGUCUACACAGCAUGGCGAUGAUCAGCCUACAAAUUCCUAG